UCGUUGGCCGCCAUAGGCCGGCGCCAAGGCUGGGCGAUGGCUUCGAAGUGGAAGAAUUCACGGAAGCGCAGCGUCUAGGAAGUGCGGGUGGGUUGAGGAGAAAAUCAGUCCACAGGUCCUGGCUCCAAGAGCAAGACACAAGUGAAGAGACGAGAUUCCAGGGCCUAGAUAUCAUCAUUUGUUGGGACAUCCUUGACUGGAGGCUAAGAUUUCUAACUAGAAAUUUAGAGCAGUUCAAGAAGAGACUGAAGACACAACAUCCUAAUUACUGGCUAUAUCCCAUAAGAGAAAAAAUGAUCAAGGCCCAGGAAUCACUGACACUGGAGGAUGUGGCUGUGGAGUUCACCAGGGAGGAGUGGCAGCUCCUGGGCCCUGCUCAGAAGGACCUGUACUGGGAUGUGAUGUUGGAGAACUACAGCAACCUGGUGUCAGUGGGGUAUCAAGCCAGCAAGCCAGAUGCACUCACCAGGUUGCAACGAGGAGAACCAUGGACAAUAGAAGAUGAAAUCCAUAGUCGAAUCUAUCUAGAAAUCAAGAACAUUGAUGGUCAUCUACCGAUACAUUCACAAAACCAAAGAUGUGUGAAGAGAGUGGAACAAUGCCAUGAACAUAAUGCAUUUGGAAGCAUCAUUCAUCAGAGGAAAAGUAAUUUUCCUUUAAGGCAAAAUCAUGACAUAUUUGACUUACAUGGGAAAACACUGAAAUCAAAUUUAAGUUUAGUACACCAGAACAGAAGCUAUGAAGUCAAUAAUCCUAUUGAGGUUAGUAAAGGUGGGAAAGCUUUCCUCCGUGCCAAGCAUGAACUAUUUGAUACUGAAAUGAAAUUCCCCCAAUGUCGAAAUUCUAUAAAUACAGAUUCACAAUUCAUUAAGCAUCACGGAACUCAAAAGAUAGAUAAACCCCAUGUAUGCACCGAAUGUGGGAAGACCUUCCUCAAGAAGUCUUGCCUCAUCAGCCAUCAGAGAGUUCAUACAGGAGAGAAACCUCAUGGAUGUGGCAAAGCCUUCUCCAGAAAGUCCAGGCUCACUGAACAUCAGAAAACUCAUGUAGGAGAAAAAUGGUAUGAAUGCACUGAAUGUGACAUAGCAUUCCGCUGGAAAUCACAGCUCAAUGCACAUCAGAGAAUUCAUACAGGAGAGAAACCCUAUGUAUGCCGUGAUUGUGGAAAAGGCUUCAUCAAGAAGUCUCGGCUCAUUAUUCAUCAGAGAGUUCAUACAGGAGAGAAACCUCAUGGAUGCAGUCUGUGUGAGAAAGCAUUCUCCAGAAAAUUCAGGCUUGUUGAACAUCAGAGAACUCAUACAGGAGAGAAACCCUAUGAAUGCACUGAAUGUGACAUAGCAUUCAGCUGGAAAUCACAGCUCAAUGCACAUCAGAAAAUUCAUACUGGAGAGAAACCCUUUGUAUGCAGUGAUUGUGGAAAAGGCUUCAUCAAGAAGUCUCAGCUCAUUAAUCAUCAGAGAGUUCAUAAAGGAGAGAAACCUCAUGGAUGCAGUAUAUGUGGCAAAGCCUUCUCCAGAAAGUCCAGGCUCACUGAACAUCAGAAAACUCAUGUAGGAAAAAAACAGUAUGAAUGCACUGAAUGUGACAUAGCAUUCCGCUGGAAAUCACAGCUCAAUGCACAUCAGAGAAUUCAUACAGGAGAGAAACCCUAUGUAUGCUGUGAUUGUGGAAAAGGCUUCAUCAAGAAAUCUCGGCUCAUUAUUCAUCAGAGAGUUCAUACAGGAGAGAAACCUCAUGGAUGCAGUCUGUGUGAGAAAGCAUUCUCCACAAAGUUCAGGCUCGUUGAACAUCAGAGAACUCAUACAGGAGAGAAACCCUAUGAAUGCACUGAAUGUGACAUAGCAUUCCGCUGGAAAUCACAGCUCAAUGCACAUCAGAAAAUUCAUACAGGAGAGAAACCCUAUGUAUGCAGUGAUUGUGGAAAAGGCUUCAUCAAGAAGUCUCAGCUCAUUAAUCAUCAGAGAGUUCAUACAGGAGAGAAACCUCAUGGAUGCAGUAUAUGUGGCAAAGCCUUCUCCAGAAAGUCCAGGCUCACUGAGCAUCAGAAAACUCAUGUAGGAGAAAAACGGUAUGAAUGCACUGAAUGUGACAAAGCAUUCUGCUGGAAAUCACAGCUCAAUGCACAUCAGAAAACUCAUACGGGAGAGAAAUCAUAUAUAUGCAGUGAUUGUGGAAAAGGUUUCAUUCAGAAAAGCAAUCUCAUUGUACAUCAGCGAAUUCAUACUGGAGAGAAGCCUUAUAUAUGCAGUGAAUGUGGAAAAGGCUUCAUUCAGAAGGGCAAUCUCCUUAUACAUCAACGUACUCAUACUGGAGAGAAACCCUAUGUAUGCAAUGAAUGUGGGAAAGGCUUCAGCCAGAAGACAUGCUUAACAUCACAUCAGCGAUUUCACACAGGAGAGAAACCCUAUAACUGCAGUGAAUGUGGGAAAGCUUUCAGAGAUAAGUCAUGCCUUAAUAGACAUCGGAGAGCUAACAGAGGAGAAAGACCAUAUGGAUGCUCUGAUUGUGGGAAUGUUUUCUCCCACUUGUCAUGCCUUGUUUAUCAUAAGAGAAUGCUGCAUGUGAGAGAGAAACAUGUAGGUUCAGUUAAGUUGGAAAAUACUUUCUCAAAGAGUCACAGAUCAUCACAUAAAAGUAAUCCCAUACAGGAGAAAAAUCCUGUUAACAUGGUGACUAUGCAGAUGCCUUCUGUGGUAGCUCAGACUUCAUUAAACAACAAUGAAUUACAAGCAGAUAGGAAUGUAGCCAUUGUGGGACAGCCAGUGGCCAGAUGUUCAUCCUCAGCAUAUGAUAGAAUUUGCACAGAAGAGAAACCUUAUUAAUGCAGUGAAUGUGGUAGUGCUGUCAGUGAUCAAUUAUGUCAUAUUUUAUGUCACAAAAAUGACACAGGAAUAAACUGUGAUGCAGUCAAGGUGGAAAACCCUUGAGUAAAACCUACCUGAUUUUAUGGCUGAUAAGUGUAUACUGAGAGUAAAAUAGUAUGAAUACAGAGACUGGAAAAGUCUUUUGUAGAAAGAUCCUAUCAUCAGUGAUCUUAGGUCACAGAUCUUCAAUGGACUCAUAGUUGGUAGAAAUAAAAUAAUCAUGUAGAAGUCCUUGGCCAAUUAAGACCUCAGAAACUGUUGGGAGACAUUUGAAGGCAUGGAAUGUGGCAAGGUUGCCAAUGGUACAUUCUCCCCCAUCAACUGUCAGAAGAAAUAUAGAAAUAAAACUAUGACCAAUAACUGGAAUAUCUUCAGCAAAAUAUCAGUGAACAUAUGAAGCAAAUAAGCCCUGUGAGAGUGAAGAAUAUUUUAGAGAUCUUUACACAAGUCUGACAUCAUUAUAUAUCAGAUAAUAUAUAUGAUGUGCAUUUUAGGACUAUAUACUUUGAACCAAACUCCUAGUUGUUAUGUCAGUGACUUCUUAUUUAAAAGAAAGUGGGCAGACUUGCACAUCAUUGGUUAAAGUUACAACACAAUGCAACCUUUCCCCCCUUUUUUGCAUCAGCCUUCUUUUCCCACUUGAGAUCACUAUAUGAUUAGCUCUUGCAUAUCUUUGGUUCUAAAUUUAUUCAGUUGUUAUUUCAGACUACUGAAGUUCUUCAAAAGGAAACAAUAUAUUUAAUUCAGUAAUGUAACAGCAUGUUUUGAUGUGUUUAGCUUUAUAAAU